AUGCGCAGAGUUUCGACACUCUUUGGGUCGGUUGACCUUCUCAGACCUUCCGGGAGGCCUGAUGCAGUGAAAGGGACAAACUCACUCUAUUCGCGUGUCAUUUCCGUUGGCGGAAAGACCUCGUGGCGCGGUAAUCAUCAAAGUUUGUUGGUCGGGCCGGUGGAGCUCGAACCUGGGGUCACUGGUCAGAAGCCGGUUGGUGUAGGCGUGUCUAGCCUGCGGCCGCCGGCCUGGCAGGUUGGAGCGGCACUGCACCGUGAACGGCUG